CCUCAUCUGAAUGUAAAUAAACAAAGACCUUUGAAAAGAGCAGAAUAACAAACCCCCAAAAAUGUGAAUCUUCAUAUUCGAGAUAUUCAAAAUCACGAUGAUGCCUGAUCCCUCAUUUCCAGAAAAGGUUGAAAGCAAUCUCUUGAACCGACAUUGCGGCUUACUGGAAGCCGAACUGUGUUUAUUAAAGGAUUUAAAGUUAACCUAUGUAUCAGUGGGUUCCUGGAUACUCAUAAUUCGUGAAACCUGUGACUUUUUUGUUAACACCGAUGAGCCCUAUUUUGCUCUAACCCUCUUGUACGAGCCUAAUUCCAAUCAAUAUAUCUGUCGAGUUUUGGGUAAAACCAUCGAAAAAGGCAUGGUUCGCUCUUUUUCUGAGCUUUUGGUCAAGAGUGAGGACCAUUUCAAGGGAAGGGUUGCUUGUCUAGGACUAAAGCCGACCAAUUCCAAUUUCCCAUUUUCAUGCACAUUUUCUAAGCAAUGCCAAACAACCUUCUUGAGUGGGAUUCCUCUCAAAUUUGAGUGUCAGAUCUGUCCACAAUGCCAGAAUAGUGGAGAAUCCGAAAGAACAUCUUUGAACGAAACCAUUGACUCAAACAUCGAAGCGGAUUUUGGUAGCAAAAGAGAAUCGACCCAGGGGCUGAAGAUCCCUUUGACUGCUGUAGUAGCUAAAUCAUUGCCUAAGAAAAGAGCUGCUAAAUCUAAGGAUGAUGAGGAUGAAAGUUUCCAAAAACGAGACCGGAUCACGGAAGCUCGUCCCUGGACAUGCCCGAUCUGUCAAAAAUCCCUGGCCUUUGGCAAUUCGUAUAAGCAUAUGAAACACGUUCAUUUUGAAGGGCAUUUCAAAUGUGCGAUCUGUUAUCAAGAGUUCAAAUAUGCCAAAGAUCUCACUCAACAUCAUCUCCACAGUCAUCCCAAAGUGGACCAUUUGGCCUGUCCAUCUUGUGAAGACGAUAUUGUGAUUGAAACCGAUCGAGAUGCUUUGGCAGACCAUUAUAAGCAAUGUGUUCGGCGACGAUCCAACGAUCAAGCCCGAAAGCAAUUGAUCAAGGUCAAGGCCGAAGGUCGAUUGUUCCAAUGUGAUGAAUGCGGAAAGACUUUAUCCUCAGCCUCCAACCUCACCAAACAUAUGAAGGUGCACAGUGAUGCCACCAACUUUCAAUGUCAUAUGUGUGAUUACAAAACCAAGUGGAAGGUGUGCCUCGAGAAACAUAUCAAGCGGCACCUACUUGACCAAGGAUUAUUGGAAAAAUGUAUUUGUCAACUCUGCGGGAAGGAAUUGCGGACCCAAAAGUGCCUGGCCACUCACAUUCAACUGGUUCACGAAAAAUCGCUACAAUUUGCAUGCGACAAAUGCGAAAAGCAGUUCACUAGUCGAGAUAUCCUUCGACGCCAUAAGAAUCGGGUUCAUGCGGAAUCUGAGGAGUUUGCUUGUAAAAAGUGCUCCUACAGGGCGGGGAACAAAAUCGAAUUAAAAACUCAUUUCCGAUGCCAUGGUGAGCCUACUUUUAAGUGUCACCAUUGUGGGAAGAUGCUCAAGUCCAAGGGAUCUCUGCGGAUUCAUGAACGGAUCCAUACCGGUGAAAAGCCUUUUAAGUGUGAAAUGUGUGACUAUGCCAGUAACAACAGCGCCAAUCUUCUCAAUCAUAAGAAGUUCAUCCAUCAAAACGGGAAGAAACUGCCGGAAGGUUUUCCAACGUAACGCUCAUUUUUAAGCGGAUAUCACAUUUUAUUUCCGAUUAUUGGCAAUCAAAUUUCAGUUAUCCCUGGUGCAUCGUAUGUUCUUAGAAAAUAAAUGCUUUUGAGUCACGA